AUGGCUGUCCCCAACACCUACGGGCUGAUUUUUGCCUCUACCUGCGGAGUGAUUCUGGGCAUUGGGCUUUGUGCCAACCUGCUUGUCUUCUCUCUGUUUGCCAAAUACAACACUCUGCGUAAGAACCGACUCGACAUCCUCCUUCUCAGCAUGACUCUGGCCGACUUCCUCACCCUCCUGCUCAUCCCCUUCACUCUGCAUUCUGCUGUAAGUCACUCCUGGCCUCUGGGUGACACCUCCUGCAAAGUCUACCAGUUUCUCCUUGCCUUUAGCCUGGCCGCCAGCACCUACUCCCUGUGUGCCGUGUCCAUGACCCGUGCCAUGAUCAUCACCAACCCGUACCAGCCACCUACGAUGGACCUGGUCAUCCUUAUGUUUAUACUUGUCUGGGCCCUCAGCUUCUUCAUCAGCUUGCCCCUGCGUAUGUUUGCCAACAAAGACAGCCUGGGCCCGACCUUGGCAAACUUUACCUUCUGCCUCCCAACUAUUCAUGAUCACCACUACCAAGUGGUCCUGAGCCAGUUUGUACUUUACUACUUUGUCCCAAUGCUGGUCAUUGCCUUCAACUAUGUUCGGCUGGCUCUCUUUCUCCACAAGAGCCCGGUGAUGUCUGUGUCCAGUGCAAGGAAUACACGCCGUGCCAAUGUAAUGGUGUUUUUGGCUGCUGCUACUUUCUCAGUGUGCUGGUUGCCUGGUUAUGUGCUGGAGCUGUGUGUGUACCUGGGUUUGUAUCGCCACGGACAAGCUUGGGAGAUGUUUUACUUUGUCUGUACUGUGCUACAGUACCUGCAUCCCUGCAUCAACCCUGUGCUCUAUGUGCUGCUGUCAAAGCGCUACCGCCACACGAGGGCAGCCUGGCUCUUCAACUGCAACAGGAACAGAGUGCAGCCACAGGUCAUCAGUGUCACUACAGACAGCUUUUAA